AUGCAAAAUAACAAAAGACAAUCAAGAAAUAUAAGAAACCCACAACCCCCUAAAAAACCUGGCGAAGCCGUUUUCAGUAUAUAUGUCAGAGAGCAUAUUUGUAAUGAAUGUGGAAAAGUCAUGACAACAAGUUCUAGCUUAAAAAGACAUCUGAAAACUUGUCAAGCAAUCUCUAGUGGAAAACCUAGUUCUUCAGUUGAGAGCGUUAUAAAUGAUUAUUUGAUGAUGGCUUUGAACAAAGAACUACUGGCCGAACCAACAAUGACUGCAGCCAAUAUCAACAGAUACGACUACUCUUCUGGUGAGGAAAAUGAAGAUGAUGAAGACGAUGAGUAUAAUGAGCAGUAUCAAGACAAUCAAGCCUUUGACCCUUAUUUUGAAAACAACCUAUUGGGCUAUAAUGCUCUUUACAACUCGAUUACUAAUUGUAUGUCUUCUUUUGAUGAUGAUAAUGAUGUAGAGAGGGAUUCUGAUGACACUGACUCUGCCAAUACCGCAGAAAAACUCAUGAGUGGUCCUAUUGCAGGAUGCCACCCUUUUCCAAAUUUGCAGAUGAUACUUUUGCUUGCCAUGAAUAUGCUCAUCAAGAUUCAGGCUGAAACCGCAGGACAAGGAACAUUCAAGCUUUCUAAGUUGAAUGAACUCAUGAAUUACCAACGGAAUAAAAAGAACAGGAUUCCCACACUUCCUACUGUAGAAGUGAAAGAUCCUAAUUCGAAUCUGCUGACUGUAAUUGCCCAAAUGAUCCUGCCAUUGACACACAUCGAAUUCCUCAUGACCAACCCUAAGAAAUGUGAACGUGUUUAUUCUCUACCCAACCGAACUUCAGACCAAGCUACCUGUUUCCAACAAGGCAAGAAAUGGAGAGAGAACGAAUACUUACAACAGCCAAUGUUUACCAUCACAUAUUGGAUUGGAAUCAUUGACACAGUUUAUUACCUGAAAUCAGAAACAGUAGACGUUAAAGUUGAAGACUUGGACUGUAUUGAUACACUGGCAAAGAAUGCAAUUUUUUACUCUCGUAUAACUACCUCUGUUACUGGUCUGGACAAAGAAUAUUAUGAUCUUUUCUAUAUACCUCACCACUUGAAGAAAGCUGUUCCUGGUGAAAGUAAUGUUGGCACGUUUUAUAAAUACAAUCCAUAUGAAAGCUGGUCCAUGUUUCUUGUGGCAAUGUCUUAUGCAGAGCGCUCUUCUACCAAGAAUAUUUGCUUCCUGUCUACUGUCCCAAAGAAGAAAGGUGUUAGUGAUCUGUUUCUCCUGCCAACAAUCGCCAAAAAUCUUAAGAAACUUGAAGGUGGCAUUCUUAUAUACUCUGCUAAACACAAGGAAUAUGUUUUGGUCAUUGCUCCUUUGCUCUUUAUUGAAGCCAACACUCCUUGUCACUCGGAACUCUGUGGCAUACUUGGUCCUGCGACUUUGCACCCAUGUUGUAAAUGUUAUUGCAUGCUCCAAAGAAAUGUUUCUUUGCAAAUCAAGGAAUAUUAUCUCAAGAAACAUACACCAAGAACUUGGGAACAUUAUGUGAUGGCUAAUUCUACUAACAAACGUAAUAUAAUUAUGCCUGAUGUUUUAGGAACUAAUAAGCCUGUGACUGCAAGGGCACUUAGUUUUAUUAACUAUUCUACAGGAUGCUUGCUUGAAUUGAAAGUGUUUGACCCAGCAAAGGACACACCGGCCGAGAUUCUUUAUACGAUUUUGCUUGGUAUUGCGAAAUACUUGAUGAAUGAAUUAGUGAAGGAAAUUCUCAAGAUGAACCCUGAAAAACUGGAGAGAUUGGCCAAUAACUUUAAGGUGCUACUGCAGAUUCUUCCUGUUGCUCUACUCAGAGACUUUUCCAAUGAUCAGGUAAUUGGAACAAUUUUGCCUUGCUUUGCUGAACUUGGUCGUCUAUGUUCAUUAGUAUUUGUUAGACAGGUUGAAUCCGGAUUUGAAGAAUAUCUUGCCCAGGUUGACAGUGCUGUGAACGCAUUGACAAGACAAAUACAGCAUGAGUACCCUGGAAGUGAAAUUGCAGAAUGUAUCAAGCACAAUGAUGAUACAGCUUUCUGGCACUUAUUCCUUGGUGGAUCACGCAAUUUUGCAGACAACAAUGAUACCAAUGACGUUACAACUUUAAAGGACAAUUCCUUUGCUGCUUUUGUUAUCAAGAACAGCAUUGGCAUGACUCCCAGCAUUAGACUGAUCUCUGGUUCAAUGGUGACUUUUCUUUGGCCCACUGCUCGCACGAGUGAGGAGAUAAAAAAUAACUACCUUAAAGUAGAAAUGACAAGUGAUCAUAUGUCUCUUGAUUCUCUCAAGCCUCUGUAUAAAAUUGAUUUAAUGAAAGUUAAUGAUACAACUUACAUGGUUAACUUAAGUAAAUUUGGCUCAUAUUGGUUUUAUCUGCAACAUGGAUUAGCAUAG